AACGUCUUUUAUUUGCCUACAACGAACUGGCUGGUGGAAAGCGUCAUUGUCAGCUAGUUAGAGUGAAAAAAUUCCUGCGAUGGCUAAAUUGCCCGAUAUUUUUUUAAGGGAGCGGUACGAAAAGGAUGUGAAAUACAUUACGGUUUACGAUGUCUACACCCCGAACUACAACAAAACCACCAUCACCCCGAAGUUCUACUCGCAAUACGAGUGUGGGGACGCAGGCGAAGUCGAUCGGCAGCUGUUGAGUAACUUGAUGCGCGCCAAAGACAUGGUAGCAAGAGAGAAGCGCGAGUGGCCCGAAACGUCGAACCAAAUUUAUGGGUGGUGGCCGGACCCACUGGUGGCAAUCGAUCGCGACGAUCCCCGCUUCUACUUUCCCAGAAUAGGAAACGAAAUAACGAAGCAUGGACUACAAGUGCUCUUAAGCAAAGAUCCCAGAAAGUCCAAAUAAAUCCAUUGGAGUGAACAGGGCUUUAAAAAAACUCAACUUCUAUAAAGAUACAGUCUGUACAAACGUUUCUAUUAACUGUUUAAAUGUUACUUGCGCAAGAACAACGUCCUCCGGAUGUUUAUCUAUAGCUUAUAGCAGAGCUGUUGUUAAACGAGCGAUACUCACGCAAAGAGCCA